CUUGUAACAAGUAUACCUUUGUCUUGUUCUGUCUCUUAAUCUUUAUAGUUAAUGGCUGAAAUAAGCUCAUUGGCAUCCCAAUUACACUCUUCUGAACCUUAUUCAUCAGCUACUGAUGAAGACAUACCCACCAUUGACUACUCUCUACUCUUCUCUGACAACCCUAAUCAGCAAUUCCAUGCCCUUCAAUGCCUCCGUGAAGCAUGCCAAGAAUAUGGCUUCUUCUAUUUGGUGAACCAUACCAUCCCAGAUGGAGUAUUUGACUAUACAUUAAAGGGAGUUUCUGAUUUCUUCAAUCAAACAACCUUAGAUGAGAAAAGAACCAACAGCAAAAAAUACCGAUGGGGACUAAACUCCUCAGCUGGGGAAAACAGGGAAUAUCUCAAGGUUGUUACAAAUCCCCAAUAUCAUUUUCCUUCCAAUCCACCAGGUUUCAGCAAAACUUUAGAAGAAUAUGGCAAGGAAAUGAGAAGGGUAGUAAUUGGACUAGCGAGGGCAGUGUCUAAAACGUUAGGGUUUGAAGAAGGUUUCAUAGAGAAGGCAUUGAACUUGAAGUCAGGGUUUGAUGUAUUGGCCAUGAACCUUUAUCCACCGAAUGCCAAAUCCAAGGGAGCUGUUGGCUUGGCUGAACACACUGACCCUGGCUUUGUGAUUACACUUGUGCAAGAUGUAAAUGGUGGUCUCCAAAUUCUUUCUCACAAAGGAAAGUGGAUUAAUGCUUAUAUUCCCCAUCAUGCUAUACUCAUCCAGCUUGGUGAUCAACUAGAGAUCUUAACCAAUGGAGUGUAUAAGAGUCAUAUCCAUCGAGUUAUUGUUGGCAGCAAUAAAGUACAAAGGAUCUCUGUGGUCGGUAUUCAUGGACCUUCUUUGGACAAAUUCAUAAGUCCGAGCAAAGAGUUUUUUAAUGAAAAACAGCUACAAAAAUACCGUGGAAUGACCUAUAAAGAAUCUUUGAAAGAAAAUGGAGGUGAUGAAAUUGAUGUGCAUUCAUCACUUGAUCAAGUUAGACUAAUGUAAAAUUUGCAUUCACACUACUCUCCCACACACACCACAUUUCACACGCACACACAUCACAAUUUGUUUAAUUAGUAAUAAGGUGUGUGAAUAAAUUCAUAGCGCUUUGUAUGUAUUCAUAUCUGGUAUGUUUUCUCACUUGUAUUAUGCUUAUCAUUUAUAGCACCUUUUUAUAUGCUUUCAUCUAA